CCCCUCAUUUUCUUAAGAGGUUUAGGGUUCAGGGAAAGAAGCAGCAAACCUAACACUCAUAAAACAAAGCCACUGUUCUUCUUUAAGCAGAAGAGCUCUCAAGAUGAUUACAGGCGGAAGAAGUUUGAUUUCUUCACAGCCGGCAUUUUCAAAUGAUGCGAAGAAGCUUCUCGUAUGCACAGGAAACACCGUUUCUAUUUUUAGCACCUCCACUGGCUUACAGAUUACUGAAUUGGAAGGUCAUAGGGGAUUGGUGACAUCGGUAGUGGUAGUACCAUCUACUACUCCGGUAGGCAAACUUUUGUGCUACUGUUGGACAUCAUCUGAUGAUGGUACUAUUAAAUAUUGGGACUUUUCGGUGCCGGAGCUGAUGAGAAGUAUUGAUGUUAAGUUCCCCAUUCACUCAAUGGUAAUUCCAGGCUUAUCAUCACAACCCAGAGAGAGUAGCGAAAAGCCUUCUGAUCUUUUUGCAUAUGUAUCUAUAAGAGUGUUGAAAGAACAGCUGGGAGAGAGUAAAACUUUAUGGUCGCAGAUAAGGAAGUGUAACCUAACCAAGUCUACUUUGGUUGGUGGAGUGACUCUGGCUGAGAGUAAAAACGCACUAUCGAUAACAUUAAGCUGCUCUGGAAGAUACAUGGGCAUCUGUGACAAGCACAAGCUUCGCAUUUGGGAAAUACCAACAAAAGAUUCUGAUCAAUCAGUGCUUCAGAAAAUCAGAUUACAUCAUACGAAAACUCUGACCACUCUAGCUUUUCAUCCAACAGAUAAAAUUGUUUCAGCUGGAGAUGUAACAGGAAGGAUCUUAAUAUGGAGGGGUGUUGGGGAGCAUAAUUUCUCAUCUAGAAAUAAACAGAGAAGUGGAGGACUAAUGACAGACAUGGAGGAGAAUCCUGGAGUUAGGGGAAUCGAUGAUUCUGAUUCUUGUACCACAAGGCAUUGGCACUCUGCAGAAGUGAAAGUUCUCUUUUUUUCUUCCGACGGUGCUUAUCUGUACUCAGGUGGGAAGGAAGGAGUUCUCGUGGUUUGGCAGUUAGACUCUGGGAAGCAGAAAUUCCUCCCGCGAAUAGGAUCCCCCCUUUCGUAUUUUACCAUCUCAUCUGAUCCUUCUCUGUCCUCUAUAUCUUGUGCAGAUAACCGAGUUCACCUUCUUAAAAUGCCCUCGAUGGAGGUAUUGAGAUCCAUUCAAGGAAUCAAGCUUCGUAGCACGAUCUUGGAUAUAUCUGAUAGCUCAUCUGAAGGAAUUGUUUUCGACUCUGCCACUGGGCUAGUUGCCAUACGUUCAGAAAAUUACUGUAUCCAGUUCUAUAGCUUGUUUGAUGACCGUGAGGUUUCUGAGGUUCAAGUUUGCGAAAGAAGCCACCAACCAGCUGAUGAAGUCAUGGUGGUAGUGGAUUUGGUGGCCCUCUCUCCAGAGGGUUCCUUCAUGAUUACAGUAGAAACCAGGUUUGCUGAAGAAGGAAUAGGAGGUCUUGUGAGUCUGAAGUUCUGGUCAUGCAGCUCUUCAAAUAAAGACUUCAGCUUAUCCACAGUUGUCUAUGAGCCCCACAGAGAUUCUGGUAUUUCGUCCAUUGCUUUCCAUCCUUCGCGUCACAUGGCUGUUACCACCUCACGGGGUGCUGAUUUCAAGGUUUGGGUCGGCAGUCAGGAGAUGCAACAAAAAAAACAGAUGCAAAACGCUGGAUGGACAUGCCAUUCUGUUGGUUCCUACAAGAAAAAGCCAAUGACAGCUGCUGCCUUUUCUGGAGAUGGUUCUGUGCUGGCUGUAGCUGCAGAAAGAGUCAUUACGUUGUGGGAUCCAGAGAGGAAUAUUCUUGUGGCGACAGUUGGGGAAAGUCUUGAGCCAAUCUCUUCCUUAGCAUUUAUUGGGAAGUCAGAGUAUGUUGUAACCACAUCACAAGGUUAUAAUGCACAAGUAUCAGUGUGGAGCAUGUCAAAGCUGUCUGUAUCAUGGUCUUACAAACUUAAGAUAGAAGCUGUAACUUGUGCGAUGGAUGACUCCUUGUUUGCCAUCCUGGCCCCUCUCCCAAAGUCAGUUGGAUCUGUGAUGUCUAAUGGAGCCACAACUCCGGAUGGGGAUGGCGUCAUCUUAUUAUUCAGAGCUGGAGAUCAUGUUCCCAUAGCGAUCUGGUUUGUAAGAAAGGCAAAAGGUGCUUCACUUGCUUUCAUUCGCAGAAGUCCUAAGUCGGAGGAUGGUGUUACUGAUGGCAGAUCAGUGCAGUUGCUAUUAGCUUACCUAAACGUUGAUCAUGAAUAUGUGCUUUUUGAUCCACUCGACAGUCGCACCCAUAUACAUAAGAUAAGCCGAGGAAAUCUUGCUGAUCUUGAGGAAACAGGGAAGUUCGGUUAUGCAUCUCUGUACGGGGACCUACCAGACUUUAGCUUAGAGAGAAAACAAGCUCCAUCGAUCACAUCAGUACCAUCAGAUAGAUAUUGGGAGACGCUAUUCAGUGGACCAUCUCACAAUCUUCCUCCUCUUGCUAAAUUGUGUUCCACAUUCCUGGAAUCAUUACUGCAGAAGAGGAGUAGUGCAGUUGAGUGAUUGCCGGUUGUGUCCGGUUGAGCUUUGUUGAAAGGCAGACUUGCUGGUGUAAUCUACGCUCAUUGAUGAUACCGCGAAAUUGUUGUUAGGCUUGAUCCCAUUGUAGCCCAGAGAGAGCUGCCUGACAUGCACAUAGUAAUACUAGCUAGAGGGUUUGAACAGUAGGGUCGACUUAUAAUCUGGUCUAAGAACAAGGCGCCAUUCCAUUAAAGCUGUCGAGUUCAAGAAAAAGAUGCCCAGAUUGAGUGGUUUUAAAAUUUUGGUAGCACGAUUAGAUGUCUUGUCUGGAUAUUGAAUUUUUGUAGCUUGUAACUUAUUGAGCCUGCAAGGCUAAGCAGGAAUACGAAUAUUGAAUAGAUGUACGGAUUCUUUUUGGCCAAUGCUUAGGCGUGUUGUGUUUAA